AUGCUUCACGGGCAAAAGCAAAACAGGCUGAAUCUGGCGCCAAGCCAGAUCCCCGCUGCCCCUUGCCCAGGCAAGGCCAGCAAGGCCCGCCAAGAAAAAGCCUGGAGAAACCCGAACCAACCCAAAAUCAACUUCCUCUGGGCGGUGCACCAGAUCCACCAUUCCUCGGAGGACUUCACCCUUUCCACCGCCCUCCGCCUCUCCGUCUUCCAGCGCCUCGUCCACUUCGGGUUCUACCAGCCUCUCGCUCUCCUCGGGAUUCCGAAGACGUCGGUGCUGGUUCACAUGGGGUUCAACUACCUCUUCCAGUUCUGGGUUCACACGGAGGUGAUUCGGAAGCUCGGCCCGAUCGAGUGGGUUUUCUGCACGCCCUCCUCGCAUAGAGUUCACCACGGAGCGAACAAGUGGUGCCUCGACAAGAACUACGGCAGCCUCCUCAUCAUCUGGGACAGGAUCUUCGGCACUUUCCAGGAGGAGAAGGAGGACGAGGAGAUCGUCUACGGCCUCGUGGAGCAGCCGCAGUCCAUGAAUUCCGUGUGGCAUGAGGUAGGUCACUGGAGGUCAGAGGUGGAAGAGAGGUCACUGGAGGUCGGAGGUGGACGAGAGGUCACUGAUGGUCGGAGGUGGACGAGGGGUCACUGA